CUCUGUGUUCGAUUUGUUAGGUCUGGCUCAGUGCGCCGAACUCUGCUGGCAGCUGAGAGGGGAAGCCGGAAAACGGCAAGUUCCUGGUGCAAAGGUUGCUCUGCAGCAUAAUUUAGGCAUUGGAGGAGCUGUGGUUGUGACGAUCUACAAGAUGGGUUUUCCUGAAGCUGCCAGUUCUUUCAGAACUCAUCAAAUUGAGGCUCUUCCAACCAGCUCUGCAGUUAAUGGAUUUAAGGCAAAUGUUGUCUUUAAGGAGAUUGAGAAGAAGCUUGAAGAGGAAGGGGAACAGUUUGUGAAGAAAAUCGGUGGUAUUUUUGCCUUCAAGGUGAAGGACGGCCCUGAGGGUAAAGAAGCCACCUGGGUGGUGGAUGUGAAGAAUGGCAAAGGAUCAGUUCUUCCUAACUCAGAUAAGAAGGCUGACUGCACAAUCACAAUGGCUGACUCGGACUUACUGGCGUUAAUGACUGGUAAAAUGAAUCCUCAGUCGGCCUUCUUUCAAGGCAAAUUGAAAAUCACUGGCAACAUGGGUCUGGCUAUGAAGUUACAAAAUCUUCAGCUUCAGCCGGGCAAAGCUAAGCUGUGAAGAACUCCCUUUGCCUACCUUUGAAAAUUAAGAUGAGAUAUAUAGAUAUAUAUCCAUAUAUUUCAUUGUCCUAACUUAGACGGAAACUACACAUUGGCAAAUAGUGUGAGAUUUGUUUUAAAAUGGGUGUGACCGAUCCUGUUUUUCCUAAGCUCUGGGUAGACAGGGCCCAAUGGUGUACUACUGCAUGCUGAAUUGCAUACAAAACUGUGCAUUACAAAGUUCAUAUGGUAAUUAUGGUUUGGGGUAAAACUUGAGUUUCAGAAUAAAAUUAGGAACAGCAAAAUCUAAAAACUAUGUAAACAAAAGCUCUCAUUUUGCUUAUAAAGUAUAUUUAAAGAUCAUUCUGCUGAAGAUUCAACUUAAGUUUUCCUCUGGAGAACUAGGGGAGAAGCCGAAUACUAGGAACUGGCCAGUGGUAAUUACUGUUGUGACUUAAUGUCCUUACUCUAUUUUCCAUUAAUAGUUUUUAAAAUUCUGUACUGAGAUGUUUUUAAAAAAGACUUAAAUUUUGCUUUUCAUGCCAUCACAAUGGUAUUUUUUUUCCCCAAAUCAAAAUAAACCUGAUCAGAGCUUGGGGGGAAAAAAUCUACAGCUGAAUGCAGGCCUAUUUUUAAAAUAAAAGUAUUUUUAAAAUGACUUUCCUUCUUGAAAAAAUCAGUGUAUUGGUCUUAAAACGCUAUUUUAAAAAUAAUUGAACAAAUAAAGUUUGCUUUGAGAUGCACAGUUUUCAAAGUAUCUAUCUGUAAAGCUGUCAGUCCUUUGUUCUCAUUUUCCUUUUCCAUAUAAGUUUAAUUAUCCACAUUUGAUUUAUCUUCUUCCUGUUUUUUCUAAUGCUAAUGUUAUUUCUUAUAACUCAGUAAGAUAUGGGAUAAAAUAAUGCUUUUGGAAGAAUGUUUAAUAGAAAAUUAAAAUAGUUCUUCCUGA